CUGUGGCAGUGAAUUGAAACGAAUGACAUAUUGUUUUCGGUGGCAUUGUGGUAUUUUAAGUAACGAACAUGAGUGUAAAUGUCAAUGAAGAGAUUGAGCAAUUAGAGCCCUCGCUUAAAAAUGUAAUUGAUCAGCGAUCGUUGCGAUGGAUUUUCGUGGGUGGGAAAGGAGGUGUUGGAAAAACGACCUGCAGUUGUUCCUUAGCCGUGCAAUUAGCUAAAGUGCGAGAGAACGUACUUAUUAUAUCCACCGAUCCAGCGCAUAAUAUUUCUGAUGCCUUCGAUCAAAAAUUUAGUAAAGUACCAACAAAAGUCAGAGGUAUCGAUAAUCUGUUUGCCAUGGAGAUCGACCCUAACGUUGGUUUAACCGAAUUACCCGAAGAAUACUUUGAGACAGAAACUGGUAGCGAGGAAAUGCAUUUAAGUAGGAGUAUCAUGCAGGAAAUUGUCAGUGCAUUCCCAGGUAUCGACGAAGCAGUGAGCUAUGCAGAAGUGAUGAAGUUGGUUAAAGGAAUGAAUUUCUCAGUUGUAGUGUUCGACACUGCACCAACGGGUCAUACAUUAAGGUUAUUAUCGUUUCCACAAGUGGUCGAGAAAGGUUUAGGAAAAUUAAUGCGAUUGAAAAUGAAAAUCAGCCCCUUUAUAUCUCAGAUAAGUUCUUUACUAGGCAUGACCGAUUUCAACGUGGAUUCAUUUUCAAAUAAAAUGGAGGACAUGCUAGCCGUAAUAAGACAAGUGAAUGAACAGUUUAGAGACCCUGAACAAACAACAUUCAUCUGCGUUUGCAUUGCAGAAUUCUUAUCCUUGUACGAAACAGAAAGAUUGGUGCAGGAAUUAACGAAGUGUGGAAUCGACACCCACAAUAUCGUCGUAAACCAGCUAGUAUUCCUCAAAUCGGGAGAUGUUCCAUGCAGGCUAUGUCGCGCUAGACACUUGGUCCAAAACAAAUAUCUGGAUCAGAUAACGGACCUGUACGAGGAUUUCCAUGUAACGAAGCUGCCUCUGUUGGAGAGAGAGGUACGCGGAGUUCCACAUGUCAAAGAAUUUUCCGAGCAUCUUGUAAAGCCUUACACGCCUUAAGGACAUUAUCUAUAAUUUUGAACUGUAUUUUUCAAGUACGAAAAGCUCAACAUUAAGAUCGCGCAUGUACAGUCGUGGAGAUUAUACAAGUAAUGUAAAAUUGUCUUUCGAUACAUUUUCGCAUGACUAUUGCUCGCAGAGAAAAUGUUAAUAAAAUGUCCGACUAAG